GCGAGAAGCGGCCGAUGUUUUAGGAAGGAACGAGCCGUCGAAGUGGGAGGCAAGAUAUAAAGACUUGGUAACUGCGAAUGAUCAGCAUAGAAGUGAGUACAGUCAUGUGGCAGUAUCGGACGAUCGGCCUUUUGGCCUUACUGCUUGCAGCAUGUGUCCAAGCGCGAGAAAUCGAAUUAUUGCGAUCGAAGCGUGGAGGUGAGGGAGCAUCCUCUUUUAGCAGCGCUAGCAGUUCAGCCAGUGCCAGCUCUUAUGGCGGUGGUAGCAGCUUUUCUAAAUCUGAUGCUAAAGCUAUCGGUAGUGCUUCGGCAAACUCCGGUGGAUAUGGAGGUUUCGGAGGUGGAGGCGGCGACCUAGGAGGCGGUGGCGGUCAUGGUGGUUUUGGAGGAGGUGGUGCUGGCGGUCAAGGUGGUUAUGGUGGCGGCGGUCACGGAAGCGGUGGUUUUGGAGGCGGUAGCGGUGGAUACGGUGGUCACGGAGGUGGCCUAGGUGGAGGCAGUGGUGGCGGUCACGGAGGUGGCCUAGGUGGAGGCAGUGGUGGCGGUCACGGAGGUGGCCUAGGAGGCAGUGGUGGUGGUGGUCACGGUGGCUUUGGAGGCAGUGGAGGCGGCGGCGGCGGUCAUGGUGGUUAUGGAGGCGGUAGCGGCGGUGCUGAUAGCGGUGGAUACGGAGGCGGUCAUGGAGGUGGUCACGGAGGUGGUCUAGGUGGUGGCGGUGGACACGGAGGUGGACUCGGAGGUGCCGGAGCUGGUGGAUACGGAGAUGGUGGUGCCGGUAGCGGUGGAUACGGCGGCCACGGGGGUGGCGGAGGUGGAUACGGAGGCGGCGGACACGGAAGUGCCGGUGCCGGUAGCGGUGGAUAUGGAGGUGCUGGAGGACAUGGUGGUGGCGGUGGAGGAUACGGCGGCGGCGAUAGCGGUGGAUACGGACAUGGAGGCAGCGGAGGCUAUGGAGGUGGCGGCACUGACGGUGGAAGUAGUGUUGGUAAAAUAAGUGGUAUUUAUGGUGGAGGUGGCGGUGGAUCUGGCGCCGGAGGAUAUGGAGGAGCUAGUUCCGGCAGUUACGGCGGAAGUGGGGCAGGUAGUCACGGUGGCGGUGGCCCUGGAGGAUAUGGUGGUGCCGGACCUAGUGGUGGUGGUUACGGCGGAGGUGGCCAUGGUGCGGAAGGUGGUCAAGGUGCGGGAGGUGGUCAUGGUAUCGGAGGUGCUGGAGGUUAUGGUGAUGGUGGCGGUUACGGAGGUGCUGGCGGUCUUGGUGGUGGUGGCGGUCACGGAGGUGCUGGUGGUCUUGGUGGUGGUGGCGGUCACGGAGGUGGACCUGGUGGAGGACUAGGCGGUGGACACGGAGGAGGUUUAGGACAUGGAGGUGGUUUGGGUGGUGGAGGAGGUUUAGGCGGUGGCCAUGGCGGUGGCCAUGGCGGAGCAGGAGGCUUAGGAGGCGGCCAUGGCGGAGCAGGAGGGUUGGGCGGUGGUUUAGGUGGCGGUCAUGGAGGCGGUGGCGGUGGAUGUAUUACUGGGGGAUGCGGAGGUGGUAGCGGUGGGGCCAAUGCUAAUGCUCAUGCUAGCGCCAGUGCGAAUGCGAAUGCCGGUGCCGGAGGUGGUUACGGAGGUCACGGAGGUCACGGAGGCCUUGGUGGUCAUGGCCCAGAUUUAUUCUCUCGUAUUGGCGAAGACGACGUGGGUCAAAGUGGUAGCGUCGAUGGUGCUAAGGGUGUCUACAGUAGUAGCGCGGCGAACAUAGACAGUAGCGGUAAAGGCACUUACUCCGUAAAAGCAGGCAAAAUCACGUAAAAUCGCGCUUAUGCUAGUGCAGAAUCGGCGAAUACUCGAAUUUUCAAGAUUGGAUGUCGCUUAAAAAUACUCUCGGACGAUCGGAGAGCGCAGCUGUGAUCGGUUAAAAUUGUAUAUCUCGACGCGAACAUAGUACAACGCAACAAGGUCUAUACCUUAUUUAUUUUGUAAUGAUCCGAAAUAAUGUGACGUCUGAAAUAAAUCUAUUGUAUAUAA